AUGUUCAGUGGUUAUCUCCAAGCAGCAGCUUAUGAUAAUUUGAGUGGACAUCUGGGUCAUGCUGGAUGGCAAUGGCUGUUCAUCAUAUGUGGUACCAUCAGUCUUCCCGUGGGCGUCAUUGGAUAUUUUUUCAAUCCCGAUUUCCCCGAAACCACUCGAGCUUUCUAUCUCACAGAGGCCGAAAUCACAUUAGCCAAAGAACGACUCGUUCGUGAUGGUUACAAUACACUAGGAUCGUCAGCUUGGGACAAGAAAAAGCUGUUUCGAAUGAUGGCACAAUGGCAAUGUUGGGUCUUACCGUUCGGUUAUUUCUUCAUCCAAGCGAGUCUUCCAUCCCAACAACCGGCAUUUGCAUUAUGGUUGAAGGCAAAAGGAAAUUCGGUCUAUGAUAGGGACGUUCUUCCAACAGCCCAAGCUGGUAUCGGUGUGAUCGUUCAAGUUGUAGCCGCGAUGAUAUCAGAUUCUAACCUCUUACACGGAAAACGUUGGCCUCCAAUAAUCGUCAUGCAACUCGGAACAUUUUUCAGCGCAGUCGUGCUAGCCAUCUGGACUAUACCUAUCAAACUAAAAUAUGUUGCAUUCUAUCUUGCAUAUUUCUCAGCUGGUGUGCCAGGAAUUUGGUUUUCUUGGUAUCCAGAUCUUAUGUCUCAUGAUCAUGAGAUGAGGGGAUUUCUGAUCGCAACAAGUAACAUGUUUGGAUAUAUUAUGCAGAUAUGGUACUCGGAUGCGGUAUGGAGAACUGAAGAGGCGCCUGAGUUUCGUCCGGGUUGGAUUGCUGCAGCCACUUUUGGAGCAGCGACUGCUUUGACAACGUUCUUGUCGAGAUUUCUUGGGAGGAGAGAUGAGAGGAAAGGGAUAGGAGCUUUUGGUGCUAGGCCGAACGACCUGGAGAAUUCGAGAGGUGGGGGCUCGAUAGAAACUUCGCAAUGA